UUGAAAUAGCACGGUCGAUAGUCCUGAUAUCGCCGUUCGACCCUCGCGAAACAAGAGGAGCCAUGGGGGUUGUUCGCGAAGCUCCGCCCGUUUCGUGGCCUCGUCCAACGAGGGUGGCUCGUGGAAGCUCUUUUCAGGACGUGGUACGCCAAUCGGGACGCGGGACCGGAACGCAGGCGUCCAGGAGCGACGAAUAAAUGUGGUCGCGAGGGGUUGGUUUCGAAAGGGGCAGGUUCAAAGUCACUGGAUACCGAGAAUCUCUGGACGUGGAUCUCCUCGGCGUCCUCAGAUCGAAGGCGACAUUAGUGUCAGCGAGCAGAUUUCGUUUCGUAGAUCUGACGCGACGAACAGCCUUCUUUCGUUUUUUUUUUGUUUCUCGUUAACAUCAAAGUGUCCUGAGCUCGUUCGCCGCUGGACAGAACGCGGGAUAUGAGCUACACCGAACCGCUGUGGGAGAUCAAUGGAAAUCAAGCACCAGUGAUUACAGCGGAUAUGUCGCAAUACGUCAGCGGCGAACUCGGAAGCUAUCCUGUGUGGGACAGUUCAGUUUUGUAUCAAGCACCGCCACCCUCGCAUUCUCACGUCAACGAUCACGGAUUAUACAGGCAACCCUGUGCACUGCUCCAUCAAAGCCGAUAUACGCCUAACGGUCGAUCGCCAAACCUUCCAUCGUCCACAACGAAAAAGCCAAGACGCCGCGUAGCGACCGUUUCGCAAAGAAGAGCAGCGAACAUUCGCGAGAGGCGUAGGAUGUUUAAUCUGAACGAAGCUUUCGACAAGCUACGCAGAAAAGUACCAACAUUCGCGUACGAAAAACGGCUCUCGAGAAUCGAGACUUUACGUUUAGCGAUCACCUACAUCGCGUUUAUGGGAGAGCUGCUUGGGAUCGAGCCAAGCAGUCCAAAGCCAGAAUACAUACCAAGAGAAUAUUAUUUGCCAAAUUAAAUCAAGAAUCCCGAGUAAUUUGACUAAACGGCGGGGAUUUGAAUGCUCCUCGAGACGCUCGAAACGUAAACUACGAACAAAUAAUUUAAGUUCAUCGGUAAGUAAAUUUCUCGAAGUAAGCGAUUGAUAAGAAUGAACGCAAAAGUAUUAUAAUAUUAAGAAUGUAUAUGUACGAUGUAAUAAGGAUCUAAUUUCGCACGUAUUCAAGUUAAGCGAAAUGAACGCGGUAUAUAAAUGUAACCGCGCGUCAAACAUAUUGUGUUUAACGUAUGCCCGCACGUAGGUUUUGUGACCGAGUGUUAAACGAGCUAUAGUUAAGAAAUGUCCCGAAAAAAAGAAAACAUUAAUUAACAUUUAAUGUUUAUGUGAUUUUACGAGGUAAGGUAAAAAUCCGUGUCUUCCGUAAUUUAUGAAAAAUUUGCGUAUUAUAUAUUGUCAUUAUAUUUAAAUAUAAGACGUACAAACAGUGUCGCCUGUGUGUCUGCAUAUAUUU